GAAGCUUCUAGCCACAAAGAUCAACUACACGCAACACAUAUCAAGUUAUGCAUACGGCAUCAUUUCUCAUCCUCGCUGCCUUUUAUGGGGUUGCAUAUUCCAACCUUGUCAAUCAUGGCGCAACCGUGUCUGUCAAUGGGGUCUUGUACUUUGUACACCCUGAGCCUGUAGGAUUCCUCCCAUUAUCUUCCAGUCUUCACCACCAAGGACUUGUCGAAUUUGUCCCGGCGACAAUCUUUGAGGCAACAGACAAUCGAUUCGAUGAGUCUAGUCUCAACGACACUGUUAAAGCUUGGCUUGCCGAGGAUGAUGUUUUCAACAAAGGUUUCUUGCAAGCAAUCUACGUGAAAAAAGAUUCCGAUGAUGUUCCAGGUCUAUUGAACUAUCAGUAUCAAGGCAACGCAUCAUCGUUGUGGAAAGAAAUCGAUUACUCCUUCAACGUCCCCAACGGUCCUUACAUCUUGAACCCCUCGACAGGUUCUCUACAUACCCCGUACCGCCUUUAUCUCGACACUCAAGGCGCCUUCACCCAAGGUGUCAUACCCCUCUCAAGCGGAUCUUUCGCCCCCCUCCCCGCUGCACUCCCUGGCUCAUCGUCCAUAUCGAUUGGUGUACCCUCAAGAAUUUACUACACUCCAACUGACGACUACCCGCUUGCUGGUGUGCGCAUCGGCGUAAAAGAUAUCUAUGACGUUCACGGCCUCAAGACUGGAGCUGGAAGCCGCGCCUACUAUGACACCUACCCCGAAGCCAAUGGCACUGCACCCGCACUACAGCAUCUGCUGGACGCCGGAGCUGUCUUGGUCGGCAAGAUGAAGACGACUCAAUACGCGGCGCCUGAAAAUGUCAGAGAUGCCAUCGACUACCAAGCCCCGUUCAACCCCCGAGGCGACGGGUAUCAAGAAGUUGGAUCCUCCUCCUCUGGAGCGGGGGCGGGUAUCGCUUCCUACCAUUGGUUGGAUCUGGCUCUGGGUUCCGAUACGGGAGGGUCCAUCCGGAUACCGGCCGAGGAUAACGGAAUUUUCGGAAAUCGGCCGACGCAUGGUCUAGUGGACUUAUCGCGUGUUAUACCACUAGGGCCUGAGUUUGAUACCGCUGGGUUUCUGGCUCGUGAUAUAGAGAUUUGGUCAACUGCUUGCAGGGUCAUGUACUCAAAUCUCACAGCGAAUUAUACACGGUAUCCGAAACGAGUUCUUACAUACGACCUCCCCUCAGCAAAGGACCCCGAUAUUUCAGACUCGGACCGCGUCAUCGUUCAAUUCGUUGGCAGGCUAGUCAAGUUUCUCUCAGCCGACCUCUCAACCUUUAACCACACGGAAGAGUGGUCUCGCAGUCACCCAGCAGGUACGCCAAGCGACUUGCAGGAGCUUGUCAGUUCGACAUGGGCAGUUAUUUCAGCCAAACAGCAAACCCUCCUUGUUCGCGAUCCAUUCUUCAAGGACUAUGCAGCCGCGUACGAUGGACGCGUACCUUUCGUCAAUCCCUCCACCCACGGAAGUUGGAGCUGGUCUGACACUCUUCCGUCGCUACUCGAUGAAGCAGUCGCGAACAAGACCAUCUUUAAGAGUUGGUGGGAUGAGGUCAUGCUCCCCAAAAACGCUGAAGCGUGUUCAGAAAGCCUUAUGCUCUAUACUUUUAAGAAUGCUACACCAGAAUACAGAAGUGAUUACGGUAGCGCUAUGGGUUCUGGCGGGUUGGUUGGUGUUCUGCUCGGCCUGAAUAUAGGCUUCAUCUCGCCAAUGGCUGGGAAUCCGGACUUUUCAAUUCCAAUAGGGCAAGUCAAGUAUGAUAGCAGUAUUACUAGACAUGUGGAGUAUCUGCCGGUCUCUAUCAGGAUUAUGGCAGCUGAGGGGUGCGAUGGUAUGUUGCUGGAUCUUAUUAACGAUCUCGUCAAGGCUGGGAUAUUGCCUCAGGUCCAGCCUGGGAACAACCUUUUAGUUGGUUAAGUCAGUUUGACUGUUUAAGGUAUAUCAUAUUGCGAGCUUUAAUACAUCGCACCUCUAUAGUUAGUUGGAAUUUAAUGUUAAACAUGAAAAGCCUGAUAUACAGGG